AUGGCGGGGCAGACGACCGGCAACCAGCCCUUCAACCCAUACCUCUCCAACGCACAACAGGAGCUACUUCUUGCCGCAUUGGCUUCAAACAACCCAUCUGCCAAUCGCGAAAAAUCAAAGCCAUCUGCCGACAUGAGUUCCCUCGAUUUUGAGGAUACCAGCCCUUAUCUCGAUUAUCUGGACGGAGAUACCAGCUUCGACUUCGACGCUUCCGAUCUGGGCGGUCAACACAUGUUUGACAACAUGGGCAGCGCUGCUAGCAACAAGUCCGACUCGACCGAUGGCGACAAGCCCGACAAGCGCAAGAGCCCGGAAGAGGAUUCGCUCGAGGACGAAGUCGACGCCAAAAGAAGAGAAGGCGAACCAAAGGAGGCCAAGAAACCUGGCAGGAAACCUCUGACCUCGGAGCCUACUACUGUAAGUAAACCAUCGUGUGCUGCUCCCAUGCUAUGGAGCUGA